UCUUGGCUGACCCCUGGAGCUCAGUGUUCUACUCAUGCCAAGCCUGAAGCAGUACAAUUCCUUAGUUUUUGCCAUUGACAGGCAGCUGUUUGACCACCUCUCAGCAACAAAGAUGAAGAUCGGCAAGGCCCCAGCGCUCCUGAAGAAGGCAGCAGCUAUGUGCAAGAGCAAGACCAGCGUCUACACGGCCAGGCUUCUCGUCCUCGUCUCGCUUCGUCGCAGGAUGGCCACGGUCGGCACCAUUUCUCAAAGGAUCCAUGCCCUCACUGUGUCCAACCGGGAGAAGGAUGCCAAAGUGAACUACCACAAGGCUCUCAUGCUCCGCAAGGCCGAGAAGCCGACGUACCAUGGUGGCGAGAUGGCUAAUCCGUCCCACCAUUUAGUAUUUUUUGAUCAAGAGGUUGCUGCUGGUGGCUGCCCUGACUGGACACUGCACCCCAUUGUCAGCAAUGGCGAUGAUUUCAGUUACACUGACGAGUAUGGCGAUGAUCGAGAUGAGCCCUCGGUGAUGAAUUCAAUGAGGAGCAACCAGGAGGCUGAGGGUUUGGAAAUCAACGUGCAUGACGAUAUCGACCUGGCUGCCGAAAUGUUCAUCAGAAAGUUUCGUGAGCAGAUGAACGAGAGAUUUUCAUGAUGUUGUGUUCCAUAUAUGCCAUGCACGGUAGCGCAUAUAGUGCUACUGAAAAAGUGAUGGUAGCACUGGCGAGAAUGAGAU